AUGAAUCCCUAUAAUAUUGAAUCUGCUGUUGCAGACACUCCAAGAGAAAAUAUUCAUAUUAUUUACCCUCAUGGUCAUAAACGUCGCGUGCCUGUUGAAGCGGUUUGCCGGUUGGCUGAAAUACCCGCAGCCCUCAUUGAACAAUGUCAAGAAAGCGUCUGUCCGUUACAACAGCAGCAGGAGGGGUCUGCUGAUGAGCGGCACGUAGAAGAAGAAGACAAAGAAAAUUUGCUGCCUCUUCGCGAUAUUCCUGUAAAAGAAAAUAACUCCCGAGACACUUCAAAACACAGCGCCUACAAUCAACUGCAGCAGGAGCAGCAGCAGCAGGACCAGCAGCAGCAGCAGCAGCAGCAGGAUGCUGUGGCUGCUGCUUCAGGCUGCGGAUUUCUUUGCUUUGACUUG